AUGGCGAUUAACCAGAUCGCUUCUAUCGUCACGUUGCCUAUGUUAGACGCCUUUAAAUGCCUUAGUGCUGGUCUGGACAGGUUGGCCGUCGAUCUCAAAGCUGAACUUGACUGGCUAGAGAAUGAAGAAAAGACGGCAGGAUCUUCAGACAAAACGCCUUAUCACUCCUCGCCAGAAUGUGGCAUUACAGAUUCCGGAGCCGUAACCGAUUUGAUAACAUUUUCCUAA